AUGUCAACUCCGGUCGAGGGCAGCGGCCCAGUCAACCUGGACGCCGGCGCCCUGCGCUCUCGUUUGGCCAAGUAUCAAAGCCCAGCAGCGCUAAAACUCUAUCGUGUGUAUGAGCAGAACAGACAACGUCUUUCCAAGGACGAUGGCGCCAUCGCCGUCAAGGUGCCCGACUCCACGGCCACAGUCCCGCAGCCUAGGGGGAAGCCAAGGUUGUUGUUAAUGGGACAGAGAAGUGUGGUCUUCCACAAGCUACCGCCGAGCGAGACUCUGUUCUUGGAAUCAACAGCGCGAAUUCAGAAGGAUAGCUUGAACUCGUUUAUGGAGUUCCAAGUCUGGGACUUUCCUGGGCAGAUUGACAUCUUCGACAAUCCCAACUUCGCCUUCGACAUGGACGCCAUCUUCGGCGAGAUUGGCGCCCUCAUUUGGGUCAUUGAUGCCCAGGACGACUACCUAGAGGCUGUUCGUAGGCUCAACACCACCAUCCUCCAUCUCCAGCGCAGCUACCCCCACAUCAACAUCGAGGUCUUCAUCCACAAGGUCGACGGCCUAAGCGACGACUACCGCCUAGAUAUCCAGCGCGACAUUACCAUCCGCAUCCAAGACGAGCUCUCCGACCAGGGCAUCGAAAACGCCCCCGUCAACUUCCAUCUCACCUCCAUCUACAACCACUCCAUCUUUGAGGCCUUCUCCAAGGUCAUCCAGAAACUUAUCCCCCGCUUGGGACAGCUCGAGGCAAUGCUCACCAACUUGUGCCGGACUUGCCGGUUCGAAAAGGCUUACCUCUUCGAUGUCAACACCAAGAUCUAUAUUGCUACCGAUUCCACGGGACCAGAGGACAUGGCCUCCUAUGAGAUCUGCUCCGAUUUUGUCGACGUCAUCAUCGAUUUCACUGAGGUGUAUGGCUCUUGGCCGCGCUCGCGUGAGUGGCGCGCUCGUCUUGAAGGUGCGCCCUGGCAUCAACCCUUGGAACAGCAAGUCGCGUGUGAGUGGGCUGAAAGCGGAAUGGUCUUGGCCGACGCCCGAAGGCCGAUUAUGCUGCGAGAGGUGGACCGGUUCUUGGCAUUAGUCGCUAUCAUGAAGGAGGGCAGUUAUGAGAAGAUGCCACAGAUUAACAUGAACGUCGACGUUGUGGUGAAGGGGCUGACGGAAUUCUUCGAGAUUACGAAGCAGAAGGAGGUGACGGGGGCAGGCGUCGGUACGGGUGCGGUGCAGGCCGCUCAGGGGGGUACGGUGGGCCCUGUUGGGGUUCAGGGGGAAUAA